AUGUAUGGGUGUAACAAAUGUAAUGACAUUGAAUGUAUAAGUUGUGACGAAGGAUAUCAACUAAGUAAUGGAAUUUGUAUUUCAAUAGAAUAUAUAAAAGAUCCAACAAACAAUUAUUUGUGUACUUCUGGGAUUUGUGUUUUGGAUUAUUCAAAAUCUAACCAAACAGACAUUAAAUUAACUUCACACAUAACUUCACUAUUACUUCCUCCUCAUGAAAUAAUAGUUUCUAUCAACGAUGGUGAUAUUAACUCAAUUAUGUCAGGUGAUUUUAUUAUUUUUUCAACUUUAGUUCAUAUUAACUCUAUUCAUCUUCCUCUUUCUACAUUACAUUAUCAAAAAGGAUUAAAUGGUAAUGUCAUUGAAUGUAACUCAAUUUUUUUAGAAGAAGAAUCUUCAAUUAAAACAUUAAAAUCAAAUUCAAUUGAAUUAAAUUAUCAGUCUAUGAACAAACAUAAUAUUAACACCGUCAUUGUUGACUUUAACACGACAAUUAAAAUUCAUGUAAACGAAGGUGAAAAGAAGGAUAUUGAAAAGCAUGGAGUUUAUUUCUUAGAAAACACUAAGUUUAUUUCAUCAAACAAAACGAAUAAUAUUUCUGAGUUAAUUUCAUUGAAUUUGAUCAUUGGAGAAGAAGAGAUAACUGUACCAUAUUACUUUAUUACAAACCUAUGUAAUAAUAGAACGUCAGCAUUCUUACCAGAAAUCCCAGAAGAUUAUAAAACAUCAUGUCCAGAUUAUAUAUUUGUUAAACCAACUACUUCAUUGUGGUGGGUAAGUGCAACAGUAUUGAUAGUUUGCAUUAUUUGUGUGUUUAUUUUUGGAAUAUGUUUUUCAAUUUACCUUUAUUUUAAGUCAAGAAAUCAAUGA